UUCCGCAUAAAGCUGAGAAAGUCACGCGCCUGGGAAGAGCGUGAGCGUGGUGCUCAGAAUCGUUUGCUGCGAAACUCACACGCUGCGCUGCAUGGCUCCUUCAACUCCCUUCUCUCUUAUCGGCGCACGAUAGUAUCACCCAGGCCCCGAAGCAGCUAUGCGCAUUGUAGCCUCCAUUUCCAAUACUAGCUAGAUCAUUAAUCAUUAAUCAUUUCCAUGAAAUUCAAAUUGUAGAAGCAGAACAUCAGCUUUUCCCCCAAAAAUAGCACACAUUUUCGAGAAACCCGUGUUUUCGUCAAUCGAAGUCGCCCCAUCACUUCUUCGCUCUUACUACCGUGUUACGUGAACAAUGGUGUGAACAAAAGGUUACGAUCUCGUAUUAGAAGAAAGCCCAUUUCUUCCUCAAAGGACUCAAUCAGCGAGGAGAGGAAGAGCGAUGAAUUUUUGAGUUCGGUUGGUGUAUAUUGCAGCGAAGAGCAUUGCUUUGAUUCUUCUCCCAUACGUGCCAAGGAAAGCUUUCAGGCAGUCCAAUAGCUGAGUUUUACCGAUUUCCGGUGUUUCUUUACUCUGCUUGGGAUUGGAUUCUUCUUUCUUUAGAUCAGAAGCCGGGUCUUUGCCCUUAGCCCCUCUCCCCCCUAGCCACCUACCUACUCGUGUAGUCGUGUUCGUAUCUGAGGUUGUUGAAUGUCUCAACCUAUGGAACCAAAAGGAGAUGAAACUGUUCCAUUUUCCUGGGGUGUCAAAAUGGAAACUAUCAACUUCUACGAGUCUUUCACUCUAAAGGAUGUUGAAUACUCCCUUUAUGAUACCGUGUGUUUGCAGCGCGAUGAUCAGAUUGACAUCGGUAAGCUUAUUAAAAUAAUGGAGAUGGAAAAACAGGAGAAGAAGGUAGAAGUUGUGUGGUUUUUUCGACCAACAGACAUAGUUACCUGUUUGGGAGAUGCCAAGCCACUUGAACGAGAGAUUUUCCUCGCUUGCGGUGAAGGCAAAGGUCUUUCCAACAUUAACCCAUUGGAAGCAAUUAUUGGGAAAUGCAAUAUUGUUUGCUCAUCAAAGGACCAAAGAAACCCUCAACCAACUGAAGAAGAAUUGGGAUUGGCUGAUUUCAUUUUUUAUCGAACUUUUGAUGUCGGAAGACGUAAAGUAUCAGAGGAGUUUCCUAGCUCAAUUGCUGGAAUUGAAGUGGAUCAUUUUUUUAACAGGAGGAGUUCUGAAACUUCAGGCGUUGAUUCUGAACCUGAAGCACAUCUGAGGGCCAGGAGUGAAAAAGGUGACCACAGACUUGAUAUAAACAGUUCUAUUAGAGAUCGGCCUCAUGCUGGAGGUAAUAUCAAGAGAUCUGAACACUUCCUUUCUCCGAGUCCAUCUGAUAUAAGUCCAAUGAAGAAAAAAAAGCUUCUAUCCUCUUCAGCUUUAGGAGAAGAAAAACGCGUUAAGUUUUCUUGCAGCAAAAACACAGAUCUCUCUACAAGGAAGAGUUUGCAUUCAGAAACAAGUGGGUUUACUGGGAAAGGACCUGUUAAUAAGCAACAUGUUGGCACAGGUAUCAGUUACAAGUUCUCGGAAGUCACAAGAAAGCCUGUUAUGGAUUCCACCAAAUGGUUGAAGCUGGAGGUUUGGGCAGAGGAAAGGUUAAACGAAGUAAAUGAAAAAGGGAGAUUACUAGUACUAGAAAACUUUGACCCUUCAUUUGCAGCUUCAGAAGUUGAGGAUAUUGUUUGGCAUGUUUUUAGAGAAAAUGUUAAGGCAAAGAUGGUACAAUGCACUGCCUAUUCCAGCCCACACUCUGGACAAGCACUUGUAAUGUUUAAAACAAAAGAAGCAGCAGAGAAUGCCAUAUCACAGUUAAUCAAUAACUGUCUUGUGCUUGGUGAUGGAAGGCCUAUUGUUUUUCGAAGAAAAUUCCUCAGAAAAGUUGGUGUUGCUGACAGGUUCGUUGGCCAUCUUAGCAUUGACAGAAGCAGAUCUUAUAGGCAACGCGAAGAAAUAAGGAAUGCAGUGUCGACAUCUCACUUCUCCCAGGGUAAUACGGUUGAGUUUGAGAUGGCCAUACAGUGGCGUGCACUUCAAGAAAAAUCACAUAGAUGGUGGACGGCAUUGCGCGAGCAACAAGGCAAAGAAAUUGAAGCUUUGAUGAAACAGAUGAAGAUCCAUAGCCCAGAGUGAAAAAUGUGCUUUUCAUCUUGGAAGAUCAGCUAAUAUUUUUGUAUAAUUGAAGAGUAUGAAAAAAAAGGCUAGUACUAGUUUUUGCUGUCAAUGCCUUUUGGUAUAGAAUUGUAAUUAGCUAACACCAGAGUCGUCACCCAAUCAAGAAACUUCUGUGUAGAAUCGGUGACCAUUUUGUCCUAAUUCUUGUAUUGUCUGGUUUUAUAUUGCCAUUGCCAUGAAUU